AAAACGCUUUCCUUUCUUUCUGUCUGAGAUUUAGGGUUUUACAGAAUCCCAAAAUUUCCUCACCCAAAUUCGAUUUCUUUCCUUCAAAAGGUGGAAUCUUUAAUGCCGUGGCUUCUCUGUGUCUUACAAUUUCGCUUCUAACUCGCUGGAAUUCUCAUCGUUGAGACUAACAAGUCAAGAAUCGAGGGGUUUUGUGUUGAGCCCCUGAAGCUGAUCGUCACCAUGGUAACUGACUGUCUAAUAUGUGGUGAUAGAAGAUUUGGUCAAGUUAUGGUGAACUGUCCGGAGUGUCAAGAUAGUCCACAACAUAUUUACUGCCUUGACGUGACACCAGUAAAAUACUCUGAGAAAGAUUUUACCUGGGUUUGUGACGAGUGUAAACCAGUCUCUGUCCCUACGAAAAGUCAUCAUAACCAAAAGUCUAAGAAGGGGAAGAAAGUUAUAAAGAAGAGUAAUAAAGAGAAGGUUCAAAUAUGUGAAAAUUGCCCUCCUGAACACGAGACUGAGGGAAGUGAACUUUGUGAUAAUGUUCUUGAAAUGGGUAAUCAGUCCGGACAUGUCCUUGAGGAUCAGGUUAAUUCCUCCCAUGAACUGGCUGCAUCUGUAAAGACCCCUCAGAUGGCUGCUGGCGACCCUUCAAAAGUCAAUGAAGACUGUUAUAUUCCUGCACAGCCUAUUAUUGAUCCAGCCUGGAGGGGAAGUCUGAGUAUAAUGAACAAAGACUUCAGCAUCAUUAGUGGACUUGUAGCCCAUAUCUCAAGCUUAGCAUGUGCUAAAGUGUUUGAAGAGGCGAAGUUGCUACCAAUGCUGUUAUUUCCGGAUUUGGUUUGUAGGGUUGAUGUGUGGCCAAAGAAGUUUGAAAGUACCGGACCGAAUGAUCAGAGUAUUGCUCUUUAUUUUUUUCCUGACAGCAAAAGUAAUGAGAAGGAUUUUGACAACCUAGUGGUUAGCAUGAUCCAGGAGGAUCUUGCUAUGAGGGCAGUGCUGGAUAGUGCUGAGCUUUUGGUUUUCACUUCAAGUGUACUGCCCGAGCCAUUUCAAAGAUUCCGAACGAAGCUAUAUUUGUGGGGAGCUUUUAGGGGGAAGCAGUCUUCCCCACUUACGAAUAAUAAUGCCCCCAGAGAUGUGAAGGACCUAGCAAAGCCCAUAACCUGUAGUACAAAGGGUCCAGUUAGUCCACUAAGCAACAAUGUGCAUUGUGGUUCUGAAUCUCGGUAGUUGUUUGGUGAGUAACUACUAAUCUCCCUCGCCAAACUAUGUGCAAUAGUGUUGUUGUUUUUGUUGUAAAAUGUGAUAAAUCUUGUAGUUUAGCCUGAGGAUGCUAAUAAAAUUAGUGGAGGGUGUAACAUCAUGUAUGAAGUUGACAGUAUAAUAAAUCUCUGCAGUAAUGAGAAGGGGUACCAGAUUCAUUAUAUAUUCGUUUAUUUGUAUAUUUA